AUGUCAGGCAAAUUUAUUUUUAACCAUAACAGUCUGAGCUGGAGUGAUGCUCAGCGAUACUGCAGCAGCAAGUACAAAGACCUGGCCUUCAUCAGUGACUCCAGCGAUAACAACGCCCUGGUACUUCAGCUUAAAUACGUCUACUAUAAGUAUGAGGCCUGGAUCGGCUUGUCCAAGAACCUGUGGCUGUGGUCAGACCAGAGCAAAGUGAUCUGGCUGUCUGUGAAAUGGGCCGACGGACAGCCGGAUAAUGCCAGUGGCAAUGAAAAGUGCGGGUUUGUCCAUGAGACUGGAUUGAUUGGGGACGAUGGGUGCUCACAUACCUUACCUUUCUUCUGCACGAAACGGAUGAAAACACAGACUGUGAGGUUUGCAGUGACAUCUUCUGGAUCUCUGAAUGAAUCUGCAGUGAUGGAGGCCAUAGAGAAGCAGAUGAACCAGAUCCUCUCAGAUCAGCAGAUGUCUGGGUCCAGUGUAACGUGGAGAGUCCAGCCUGAUGGACAGAUCUUCCAGCAGCAGAGAAACACACACGAAGCAUGAGCAAUCAUUCAAACACGGC